UCUUUCUACUACUAUAUUAUAGUGAAGUAUAAUUUGUUUAAAUGGAAACGUAACGACCAAUCGGUGGACGAACUCUUUGUACAAACUGUGGCCCAAUAUCCGCAUAAAAUAGCCAUUUAUUACAAGAAUGAAAAGUGGAGUUUCGCUCAUUUGAAUGACUUUUCCAAUCAAACGGCUAAUUGUUUCAGUGGUUUAGGCUUUAAAAGCAAAGACGAGGUCUGUUUAAUGAUGAACAAUAGGCCCGAGUAUAUGGGGCUAUGGCUUGGGUUGACCAAAAUCGGUGUCAUUCCGGCGCUCAUUAACACCAGUAAUCGGACAGACUUUUUGCUUCACGCCAUUAAAGCCAUUGACUGUAAAGCAGUUAUAUUUGAAAAUGUCUUUUAUGAAAGAAUUGCCGAAAUAAUGCCAGAAUUAACACAAUUUAAUCCAAACAUAAGAUACUAUUGUUAUGGGGAUAUAAUGGAGGACACAGUCGCCCAGACUAUCAUCAAUUGUGAGCCAAUUCACCAAAUGAUAGCAUCGGUUGAAUCAUCCAAAGGAUGUUUAACAACAAAUAAAUGUCAUUUUGAUUCAAUACUCUUUUAUUUAUACACAUCGGGAACGACGGGCUUCUCAAAGGCCGCUAUCUUCCGACACUACCGGUACCUAACACUGGGUCUAGUGAUCGGCACCUCAUUACAGCUCAAGACUAGUGACAUCAUAUACCUCUCCCUUCCUCUAUAUCACGCCAACUCUUGUGUCAGCACUUGUUUGGGUCUAAUCCACGGCAUGAGUGUUGUCCUCAAAGACAAAUUCUCGGCCACAGACUAUUGGAGUGAUUGCAUUAAAUACAAAUGCACGGUAUCCAACUAUAUCGGAGAGUUGUGUCGAUACCUAUUGGCCCAACCGAUCAGGGAUUGCGAUAAAAGCCAUUCAAUUAGAGUGAUGUUUGGCAAUGGUUUGCGGCCUAAGAUAUGGCACGACUUUCAGCAACGGUUUAACAUUAAACUCAUCGCAGAGUUUUACGCCUCGACUGAAGGAAAUUCAAAUCUCAUGAUGUUUGGCAAUGGUUUGCGGCCUAAGAUAUGGCACGACUUUCAGCAACGGUUUAACAUUAAACUCAUCGCAGAGUUUUACGCCUCGACUGAAGGAAAUUCAAAUCUCAUCAAUUUUCCGGGACGCGAGGGAGCCGUUGGUUUCUAUCCCUAUUACUACCUAUGGUUUGUGCGACUCCUAUACCCUCUGACACUAUUAAAAGUGGACGAAGAGAGCGGUGAAGUGAUCCGUCAGAAGAAUGGCUUAUGUAUAUCAAUUAGCGCACAAUUUAUAUCGCUAUUGCGGGACAAAUUGGACAGCAAGUCGUGUGCGCUAAUCAUAUUAUCUCAAGAACUGCUUGAAUGUAAGGCACAGAGGGAUCAGUUCAAACUGAUGGGCGAACAGUUGCGGGAAAGAUAUGGUGUAAUCAAGAGGAAGAUGGAGGGACUCGGGCCCACACUUUCGGCCGUUUAUGAUUACGAGUACGAUAUGCCCAGAAGUAGCCAAUCGGCCGGUGAACCAUUGGCUCAGCUAUUGAUGACUCUUAAGGAGCAAAACAAACAUCUGAUCCGUGAAAUCGACGACUUGAGGAUGAAGUUAGAAGACGCC